UCAUAUAAACUUAUUCUUUUUCUCAAUGGUCUCUUGCGUAAGCAGUCAUCCAGUCGCACGAACUUAUAUAUUAAAUAUUAAAAUUAUAAUGAAUAAAAUAAAAAAACAUAAUUAAUUUUACUAUUAAUUCUGUGUGUUCGUUUAGUAAUCAGGUUACAAUAAUAUUUCAGUUCAUAAUUUGUGUCUUUCUAGAUAAAUAUCUAUUUUUCUCGUUUUGUAUAUUUCACAUAUUUCAUUUUAUCAGAAAAAGUAUAAGUUUUAAACCGCGAGAUAGCGCUACCGUCGAAACUCACAGCAGCACAGCAAUACUGUGCACUGUGGCUGCACAUGUGGCUGUGGCUUUUUGGUUGGAUUGGAGUUGCUGUUAUAAACAAAUUAAAAUGGAAAUGGAAGUAAAACAAGAAAUUAGCGAGGACCCGUGUAAAAUACAAAUAGAGAAUAAUGAGUUGGGUGAUGCUCUUUUGGAUGGCUUUAAGUGUGAAAUUAAGCAGGAAUCCAAUAAGCAACAUGACUCCUAUGAUUAUUUAGACAUAAAGGAACAUUCAAUAAAGACUGAAAUAGAACAACAUGCAAGUAAACUUAACCCAUUUGAAGAAAACCAAAAAACUGAAAAAGGUUAUCUCCAAGACGAGCACAAAAUGGAAAUUACGGAGACACUAAUUGAGGGUUCAUCUUGCGAAGGGAAUUAUAUGACUCAACACGCUGAAGGGGAAACAUUAAAUAAAAAUACGACAGUUGCGACUAGACGAAAACCUUACAAGUGUGAAACUUGUUUAAAACAGUAUUUUAGUCCAAGUGGUGUGAAAAUACAUUUGAGAGUGCACACUGGGGAAAAACCAUACAAGUGUGAAAUUUGUUUUAAGGAGUUUAGCAAUAAAAGUAAUUUGAAAACCGUCCGAAAAAGUGGACCGUCCUGUGGAUUUAUGAAUAAUAUAGAAAACUGUGUUUGUAUUUGUAUUGUGUGUAGUUUAUUAAAAAAAGGAUUUUCAAGUCGAAGUUAUCAAGAGAAAGUGGACAUUAUUAAGUCUGGUAGGUCAAAGGAGCCCAUUAAUUUGGAGGCAAAAGUGGAAAAAUCGGCAAAGAAAUUUACCAGACAUUUCCAUGUGGGUUUUUAUGAAAAAUAUGAAUGGUUAACUGGCUGCAAAAUUGUAUCAAAAUUAUUUUGUUGGCCCUGUAUUCUUUUUAAUACAAGCGAAAAAACACAUUGGAACUCGGUCGGCAUUACAGAUUUAAAUAAUUUUCACAAAAGUGUAAAGCGACAUGUAAAUAGUAAGUGCCAUUUAAGUGCUACAAUUAAAGAAAAAACAUUCGGGACAUAUCGCAUUGAACAUAGUUUGGACAAUCAUUUAAAAAUAAGCCAUAGACUUCACAAUGAAAGCGUUAAGAAAAAUAGGGAUGUGUUAAAACGGUUGAUUGAUGUAACUUGUUUCUUGGGAGAAUAUGAAUUAAGUUUCAGAGGUCAUAAUGAAACAAGUGAAUCGGCCAAUCGAGGAAAUUAUAUAGACCUUGUAAAUUUUUUGGCAAAAUAUGAUGAAACCCUAAAAAAUCAUUUUAUUAAUUCCACAGUUUUCCGAGGUACCUCAAACAGAAUCCAAAACGACUUAAUUAAAUGUACUGCUGACGUUGUAAUGGAUCAUAUUAAAAAUGAGAUAAAAAUAGCUCCAUUUGUUUCAAUUGCACUUGUUGAAACAACAGAUGUAACCAAUUUUUGUCAGUUAUCCAUUGUUGUGCGAUAUGUGGUUGAUGGUAUUCCUCAAGAGAGAUUUUUAGAAUUCGUGAACAUAACUGGCGAUCGGACUGCAGAGGCUAUGUUUCAAAUUGUGUGUGAUACUAUUUCUAAGCUAGAAUGUAAUUCCAAGCUUGUCGCUCAGAGCUAUGAUGGUGCUGCAGUAAUGGCUGGUCAGUUAGCAGGUCUUCAAGCUAAAGUAAAGGAAAAGUUUAAACAUGCAAUUUUUGUUCACUGUUUAGCACACAGACUUAAUUUGGUUUUAUCUCGAGGCAUGGACAAUAUUAAAAACGUUAAAGUUUUCUUUUCGACGCUAAGUGGCUUGGCAUCCUAUUUUUCAAAAUCAUCAGAAAGAACGCAUGCUUUGGAUAUGCACGUUCAGAAAAGGUUUCCAAAAGUUGCUCAGACGAGAUGGAACUACAAUGGACGCUUAGUGCAAACGGUGUUUCAAUACCGUGAUUCAUUGAUAGACUUUUUUCAAGACGUUUGGGAUAAUAAAGAAAAAUGGGAUGCUGAGACUGUUACUGCUGCUAAGGGGUACUUACAUUGGCUUAAAGAAAAUUUCGAUUUCAAUUUUUUGCUAAAUGUUUUUGUAGAGAUUUUUCCUUUUACUGAUAUUUUAUUUGACAUUUUACAGACAAAGUCAAAUGACAUUGGAUUUUGUAUAAGACAAAUAGAUGAGUUUCGAAAUACACUAAUUAAAAAACGAGAGCAGUUCAAAAAUAUUUGGGAGAAAACUGUAACUAUGGGGUUAGAACAUGAAAGUAAAAGAAUAAAGAUUGCUAAUGUCGGCGAUAGAGAGACCUCCUAUCGACGAUUAUACAUCGAAAUUUUUGACAAUAUCAUACAACAACUGAAUUCUCGAUUUCAAAAUUUUAACGAAUUAAAAUUUGUAGAAUUAUGUAAUUUUAAUAUAUCCAAUUAUAACUCAUCAAAAUUUCCCACAGAGGCAUUUAAUUCCCUACAAUUAAAUUAUGGAAAUUUUUUUGAUGUCCCAGCUUUGAACUCUCAGUUAAGUGUCGUUUAUGAAACAAGUGACAUUUGUGAAAAAGAAAUUCCCAGGAAUCUGUUAAAUUUUUUAAACACUACUGGUUUAAAUAAGUCCCUGUGUGAAGUGGUCAAAUUGUGUGAAUUAGUACUAACUAUCCCAGCCACAAGUGCAUCAGUUGAACGCAGUUUUUCAGUGUUAAAACGCAUUAAAAGUUUUACACGAAAUUCAACCAGUGAAGACAGACUUUCCAAGUUAGCCCUAUUAUCUAUUGAAAAAGAAUGCAUUAAACAAUUGUCAGAAAAUCCAAAAUUUUACGACGAUGUUAUAGACAAAUUUGCACUGGUUGAUAGGAGAAUAGAUCUCAAAUAUAAAUAAGUGUUAAAAGGUGCGUGUUGUGGAAAUGCCUCGGAAUAUAAUAACAAUUAUAAAUGGAACUGUUCUUUUUAAGUUUAAAGAAACCAAGCCCGGAGUCGAGGUCCGAGCAAGCAAUACAGAUCGAUAAGUCACUAGAAACAGCGGGAAUAGAGCGCCUCACGCUGGCCUGCAUUGAUCGGGGUAGGAUUUCGUGUGUGAGUCCUUGUUCCCAGGACUCCCACAUGAUAAGCACUUUGCUGAUAGAGAGCCCCUAUAGCGCAUCAGACUGCUAUCGGGGGGGGAAGUGGAUAGGCUGGAGCAUUGGGACGGGAUGGAGUGACGGCCGCUUCUAGGAGUAAAUCCUCUCCCCAAUGAAUUGUAUCACCCGAAUGUCUUUCUCAAGGGGCGUGCAAGUCUGGGUUAAACACUAUUGCUUGCUUGCUUGCUUCGUUUUGCAGGUAAUUUUUUAUAGUUUUUGUUUUUAAUCCAUAUAAGUUAACAAGUAGUAUAAUAUUAGGUAUAUACCUACUAUUUACCUAUUAAGUAGGUACAUAUUUAUCACAUAGUAUAUAUUUUAAUCUCGACCCCCGUAAGAAAAUAAUUUUAUACUCUUACUGAAUCGCUUCCCCUUCCGAAAAUGUCACCGCACGCCACUGGAGUGUACACUGGGGAACAACCUUACAAGUGUGGCAUUUGUUUUAAGCAGUUUUCUCAGGCAGGUUCUUUGAAAAUACAUAUGAGAGUGCACACUGGGGAAAAACCUUACAAGUGUGAAAUAUGUUUUAAGCCGUUUAGUACAGUAGGUGAUUUGAAAAAACAUUUGAGAGUGCACACUGGGGAAAAACUUUACAAGUGUGAAAUUUGUUUUAAGCAGUUUAACACAGCAAGUUAUUUGAAAGUACAUUUGAGAGUGCACAUUGGGAAAAAACCUUACAAGUGAGAAAUUUGUUUAAGACUGUGUACUACUGCAACUAAAUUGAAAACACAUUUGAAAGUGCAUACUAGGAAAAAAACAUACAAGUGUGAAAUUUGUUUUAAGCCGUUUAGUACAGUAGGUGAUUUGAAAAAACAUUUGAGAGUGCACCUUACAAGUGUGAAAUAUGUUGUAAGCAGUUUAGUACAGCACGUGACUUGAAAAAACGUUUGAGAGUGCACACUGGGGAAAAACCUUACAAGUGUGAAA